AUGGCGUCAUGUUGGCGUGGUAGUAAAGACGGAGACGGUGAAGUCUAUCACCAAGCCUCAGAACUAUACGUUCCUACUGGAUGUCGUCUGAUAGAUAGACUUGUUAAGCCAGUACGUGGGGAAGCCAUUCUCGAUGUCGGUUGUGGUACCGGGCGUCUCACAUUGGAAUUGGCAUCACGAGUUGGAACGUCCGGUAGAGCAGUCGGCGUCGAUUUGGGCGAAAGUAGAAUUAAAGUUGCUAGGGAAGAGUUAGCAAAGAGAGCUGAUGACUUUCCUCACGUUCAAUUUCUGGAAGGAAGCGUCAAAGAAGCCAUGGCAUGGGGUCCGUUUAAUGCAAUCUUCAGCAACUAUGUGUUUCAUUGGUUUGAGCGAAGUGAACGUCUAUCCAUCAUGCAAGACAUUUAUGAGAGUCUGACACCUGGCGGACGCCUUGUGUUUUGUUGUUUACCUUCACAGACUCAACACAAAUUUAUUGAAGCAGACAUCUUUGCUCUUGCCAUGCCUGGUAGAGAUUAUGAAUCAACACUGGGCUUGAAAUAUGAUUCGUCGGCUGUUUGGUCGCAGGUUUGUACACAAGCUGGAUUUAGCGUCGAGGUUUGUGAGGAGUAUGAUGAUGAGAAGAGAUCUCCCAGCCUGCCAGCAUGUCUGAGAGAUCUAGAAGCAAGUGUUCCAAAUUUCAAGCUUCACUCGCUCAAAGAUGAAGACUUUGAAUUCUUGAAGAAACGAUAUGGAUAUGGAUAUGGUGAAGAGGUUGUAUAUGAUUUUAAGGAGCUCGUUAUUUUGGCAAAGAAGUAACCAGCCCAAGACUAAGGAAACAUUUUUCGUCCUUAUUAUAGAUCACAAUUUGUAGUCUGGUACCAGACUCUCUCGCGCCGUCGCGUUAUUGUGUUAUAUGGAACCGGGCAAGAUGGUCUGGUAGGAGGCUGACAAUUUGCAUCAUGAAUAAUGGAUACAAAGCGCGCACAUAGGAUGAAAUUUGCAAUUGAAUUGUAGUUUGUUUC